AUGCCACCCACACAUCCAAAGAGCUGGAUCCUCACUACCUCGCAGGAUUACCAGCCAGGUGGAUCGCUAUCGCUGGGCCAAGUCCUCCUCGAUCCGGGCAACCCCGCCGGGGCUCUGAUCUCUGCAGGCGCGAUAGCGAUACCACCUGCAACUACACGGGACCGCACAGAGAAACGCAUAGUCGAGAUCGAGAACAGCAAUUCCCUGCGAGCUUCAUUCAUGACGUGGCUCAAAUUGAACGCGCCGGGAAUUGCGAAGCUCGGUUUCCACGUCGACGGCAGCGAAAAGGCAUCUACGAAGGCCAAGUGGAAAAUUGACACUCUCGCGGCGGACUUGUUUGUCCCAUCGCUGAGCUACGUGCAAAAGGUCAUGGGCGUCCAGGAGGUCAAGGAUAACACUGCGUGGUACAUGGCCAAGCGUAGGAUUUUCAUUGUCACUGGCAUUCGCAUCGCCAAAGGCGCCAGCAUGAAUGUCGAUGAGGCUGCCUCUCAUGACGUCACAGGUGGAGGUGAAUUCAGUGGGAAGGAUCCGAACACUUCUGUGGGCGGAGGUGGAGGGGGCAAGUUCCAGAAGGACUCUGCCAUAUCUCAAAUCACAAACGCGGAUUCAAUGUCGGAUUUCGUAUUUGCCUAUCGUCUACAUGAGAUUUAUUAUCGUCUCUGGCUUUCUCCGCCUAAGCCCUACACUCGUGGGGAGACGUCGGCUGUUGGCACCAACGAGAGGGCCACAACAUCUGGAGGGUCCGCAGAGGCCAGCGUAAAGCCAAAGGGUUAUGAGGUGGAAAGAAUCAGAGGGGAACCGUUCAGUAUUGACUCAUUUGAGCCAGGGGACUAUAACGUUUCUGAAUCUCGUUUCGUUUCUUGA